AUGGAAUCACGUAUUGAAGAUGGUCAGCCAGAUCCUCUGCAUAUCUUUUCGGAGUUUGAAGACCCCACUCGUCAUAGCCUCAUCCAGCAGAUCGUUCAGGAUGACCCAGGAUUGGCCAUGAUCCCGCAGCAGAAUCUCUAUGCCUUAUGGUUCAGUGAUAUUAGUGCUCUGCAGGAGAAGGCUAAUGCGCAAACCAAAAUCGCGAAAAAGCUCCGCGCAAGAGACCUGAGGUUGCUCCCCAACCAGUACGAUGUUGUUGGGGCUUGUGAGGGGCAGAAAACUGCAGCCAGCCGAGAAGAACCUCAAGGUUCUGCGCCUCGGCUAGGUCUUAGUGAACGCGGUCGAUCCAGCUCGCCCAACACUGGCUCCUUUAGCAAGCCAUCUACGCCAGAGCACGAGAACACGGUGGAUCUCCCAUCCGAGAGUGCUAAUCGUGAUGGUUAUCAUUGCGUAGUGACAAAGCGCGGACUACCAUUGAUUGAGAGUGCCCAUAUCAUACCGAAGAAGCUCAACGGUGCUCGGAGUCUGUAUCUCACGCAAUAUGAGUGCUGGGACUGGCUUAGCGCUUUCUGGGGCGAUGAGAAAGUCGACAGGUUGCAGAGCCUCUUGGUGUCUGAGGGCAUAAUGGACACGGAGCGACUUCAUAACCAGAUCACUCUGGAUAUCCAGGUGCAGGAAUAUUGGGAUCGUGCGAUGUGUGCACUUCGCCCUGUUUGGGUCAGUGAAGACCAAACAGAAAUGCAAAUCGCGUUUCAUUGGCUGCCUCUUAAAGAGAGCCUCCCGGGGUUGGAAAAUACUUAUCGGGGUGAGAUGGUCUCGGUUAUGGAGAACCCAUACCAGGAUCCAAAGUACCGACCUCGCGAGACCCCUGGGAACAAUAACUUCAUUUUCCAUAUAGAGACGGAGUUAGAAUCCCCUCGGGAUAUGUCUUCACGGUCAAGACGGACAAUAAGUAUGAACGGCCACUGCCCUCCAUGGAACUUUUGGAACUGA